CGGUUUCGCCAGGAGAGGAUGAACUGGCUUUUCCCCCUGUCCAAAGGCUCCGGACCGCUCCCUCCUCUGAACAGCCUACAGCAACAAAGACAGCGGCAGAUCGAGUCACUCAAAGCCGCUCACCCUAGCCUUGCAGAGAUUCAGAAGGAUGUGGAAUACAGAAUACCAUUCACAGUCAACAACUCCACCAUUAGUGUUAACAUUCUGCUUCCUCCUCAGUUCCCUCAGGAGAAGCCUGUGGUCAGUGUCUACCCCCCAGUUGGUCAUCAUUUAGUUGACAGCAAUAAUGGCACCAUGAUCACUAGUCCCCUCAUCACCAAUUUUGGGAUGCACUCAGAUCUGGGUAAGGUCGUUCAGAGUCUGUUGGACGAGUUCUGGAAAAGUCCUCCUGCCUUGAUGUCUAGUGGUCCCGCUGGCUUUCCAUACAGUAUGUACAAGCCAUCAGGCAUCGCUCCCUACCCCACUCAGGCUUUCCAUUAUGGUCCUCGUCAUGUGGGUGCCAGUCAGACACCGCCUCCUGGUCCAGGCCCAGCUCCCUCUCCAGCCCCGCCCUCCAUGCCUCACCCAGCGAUCGAUAGUGCCCAUGGGCCUCCUCGUGCUCCAGCUCCAUAUGGACUGAUUUCAGACCUGCCUCUGCCUGUACCAACUGGAGACUCACAGGCUGGACUGAACGGACAUAUGUACAAGAUGCCUGAGAUUCCCGAGUCUUUUCCUGAACUCUGCGACAUGAGUCUGACCCAGUUAUCAGAUAUGUCUGAAAACGAGGAUGUGCUACUGGAGUUCUUUGUGAGUCUGCCACAGCUCAAGCAGGUCACAAAUGAUAAAGAAGAGCUGGUCACCAGCAUAGUGGACAUGGCUAAGAAAAACCUUCAGAUGGAGCCACAGUUGGAAGGAAAAAGACAAGAAAUGCUCUACAAGUAUGAACAACUGACUCAGAUGAAGUCGGCCUUUGAGACAAAGAUGCAGAGACAGCAUGACCUCAGUGAGAGUUGCAGUCUUAGCACUUUACAGGCUCGAUUAAAGGUUGCAGCCCACCAGGCCGAGGAGGAGUCGGAGGAGACGGCUGAAAACUUCCUGGAGGGACGCACCGAUAUAGACGAAUUCCUGACCAGCUUCAUGGAGAAGAGAACGCUUUGCCACAGCAGAAGGGCCAAAGAGGAGAAGUUGCAACAGUCCAUCAACACACAUGGACAGUUUCCAUCCAGCCACUAGAACAUAAGGUUUGGGGUUUUCUUGGCCAACUGCUGCCAACUAAAAGGAUAAAGACAUUAGAGAGGACGAAAAGCACACUGAGUCAACAAUGGGCACUUGGGAGAAAUAGGAAGAUGGUGAUGGCAAUGGUGGGCUAAAAAAAAAAAAAAGCCCGUUGUGCUCAGAUUUUGGCCAAAAAAACAGGUGAGGUUGGAUCACGUGAGAAGCUACUAUGUCACCACAAGAGGCCAAAACUGGAAGAAUGACUGACACAUGCCUAGCUGUUCAACCACAUUACUAAGGAUCGAUCACAUUGUGGAUAAUUGUAAUUGCACAUUCUAUUUGUCCAGUUUUGACUCGACAGUGAUGAAGAGUUUCGCUUCUGUCCAGGAUUUAUGUCACGUUAAAUGCACCUGAUCAGAGUGGUUGGUGAUGUGAACACAUAUGACAGAAAGUAAAAAUUGCUUAGGACAGUAUUCCCAGUCUUACAUUUUUCCAUGCAGUGAUCAAAUACAUGUCACUAUAAAUUAACCGUUUAAAUGCUAAUGUUGGUGUCUGUAUUUUGAGUCUCUCAGAUCAUCGUCCAAUCCUUGCUUUAUUAGCCCAGUUACGCCCUAUUCCUACUGGACAGACAUGAGGAGCAGCUUUUGCACGUUAAAUCUCCUGUUUACUUUGGAAAGGUUGUUCUAGACAUUUCCAUAAAUCUCAUCACUGGGGUGCCAUUGGCAAACUGUCCAGGGCAGUCUUGUUUGUAAUUUAACAAAACAAGUUAUGGAUUUACUGACUGGAAAAAAAAAGAAAGCAAGGACUGGGCAGUGUUUUCAACUUCGGCAGUUCAAAUUUAAAGCGUGCAUUUUAACUGCGGAGAGUGGUUGAUUCUUUCAUACGUUGUUGCAUUUCCCCCCUCGAGCAGUGUCUUGAAAGCAUCCUAAAUAUCAGUGUGUUUGCAAAAACAUGAAUAAUUCGAUUAAAAACAUGUUACGGUAAAACUCUGAUUACACUACAUUGAUGUAUCUCCUGUACGUUUUUACAGAUUUGGUUCAGAGUCAACAUGAACCAAAUAACAGACCAGCAGUCUGAGUUACUGUUAGUGGUUGUGGUUCGUUUUAUUAGCACAGAAACCAGUGACCACAAAUUAUUUAAGACAGUGACCAGUUUAACGAACAAAUUAUAUAAAAUCAGCUGUAGGGGAAAUCGGAGUACUGUAAACCGUGUAAACAGUUUAAUCAAACCAUUACCUUAAUUCCAUGCUUUUUACAAUAAUCAAAUUAUUUGUGUGUAUGGAAACACACUGAGGAACAUUUUUCGCUGGUAAGCGCCAGUAUGAUAACCCAACUAUUUGAUGACACCUUUUGAACUUGAAAUGUUUGAUGAAGAGCCUCAGAAGUUUUGGGAUAACGUUGGGGAAUAUUAGGUGAAAUGCUGCAGUGAAAAGUGAUGACAUUGGAUACUGUAUUUAAAUAAUGUUAAUAAUAGGCUAUAUUGUAAUCAAAGACUCAGACACCUUGUAUUAUAUGUUCUUAUUUAAUUUGUUAGAGUAAUAAAGCAUUUAGAAUAAAUUUGGGUUGUUUUA